UGAUUUAGUUGUACAGUAUAUGAAAUUUUUUUUUAAAUAUUAAAUUUAUAAUUAUUAUAAUACAAUUUAUAACAACACUAUGAAUACCGAAACACUGUUAGUAUGCGAACGGGUGGCCAUUGAGUUGGCCAUCGCGGCCGGCCGUAUGAUGAGUGACGCCGCGGGAAAACGCAAAGAAGUUCGCGAAAAGGAAUCGGCCAUCGAUUUGGUUACCGAAACCGAUAUCGCUGUUGAACGCUAUCUGUUCGGUGAACUGCGCCGUCAGUUUCCCGCCCAUCGGUUUAUCGGCGAAGAAGGGACUAACGGUGAUGGUGGUGGUGGCCAACAAUCGUUGACCGCGGAGCCCACUUGGAUUGUCGACCCGAUCGACGGUACAACCAAUUUUGUACACAACUUUCCAUUUACGUGUGUAUCAAUCGGACUGACAGUUGGCAAAGAGCCGGUACUCGGGGUUGUCUACUGUCCGUUCAUCGACAAACUCUAUACGGCGCGCAAAGGUAUGGGCGCCACAUGUAACGGCCGUCCUAUUCGGGUCCCACCACUUUCGGCCAGUAGACGACUGGCCGAUGCACUAUUGAUUACCGAACUCGGGUCGCACAAAGAUCUUGAUAAACAACAGGCCGUAUUGCGUAACAUUGAAGCCAUAGGCUGGCGGUCGCACGGCGUCCGAUCGUUCGGGUCGACAGCCAUACAGCUGUGCUAUUUGGCCGAAGGCUAUGGCGACGCCUUCUGGCACUUCGGUAUGCAUGUCUGGGACAUUGUGGCCGCCGGACUCGUACUGAUCGAAGCGGGCGGUGUUGUAUGGGAUACACGCGGCGGACCGAUAAACUGGUUGAAUCGGCGCGUAUUGGCCGCCACUAGCGAACAGUUAGCCCGAGAGGUCAGUGCGGCGCUGACCGAUCAUCUCGAGUACGAACCGGACAAAUGAUUGUCUCAUUUGAUUAUAUGAUUAGUUAUUUUUAGUGAUAAUUAAUAAUAA